AUGGGUAAAGGCGGGGCGGGCGCAGGGGGAGCCGGGAUGAGCGGCGGGGGGGGAGGCGGCGGGAGAGGCGGCGGGGGAGGCGGAGCGGCGGGAAGCGCGGUGCGCGUGUGUUUGUUCGACUCGCGGAGGGGGAAGCGGGAGGGGAAGAGGCGGAGAAGCUUCUGUUCUUCUUUCCGCCCGCCACUCCGCCGUCCGAGCAAGUGGCGCUGCUGGGGCUCUGGGAGGGCCUCCUCGCAUUCACCAGAAUCUUCUCCCCCCAUCACCACGUGCUGCUGGAGUGUGAGCCGGCCGGGUAUCUUCAUGGUGCUCGUGGUGGAGUGUCGGGGGGUGAGCGGCGGCGUGCCGCCCGACGCUACAGUGCGCGACGAGGCUCUUCGGCAGUAUCUGGUGGAGGCGCAUGCGCUCUUUUGUCUCUUCUUCGGCAGCAUUGACCGCCUGUUGCAGCAACAACCCCAACCUCCUCCUCCUCCUCUCCCCUCAGAAGCAACAACUGGGCCCUCUUCAAAUCCUUCAUCAAAUCUUGAGUCCGGCACUCCUUCACACGAUUCCCCGUCGGCCGUUCCCCCUUCAGCAGACUUAGCCCGUGCCUGCCUGCAAGCAUUCCUCCCGGACUUCCUCACAGGCGGGUCCCCAGAGCCCUCUGCUGCUCGCGCGUUCCCUUUCGCCCUCUCUGCCAUCACGCCUACUGGAGUCCAUUUUUUAGUCGACUCAACAUGUGCUUCCCUCUUCCUGCCUCACUCCUCCCCCCUUUCCCCCUCACUGCGUCCCUUUUCCCUGUCAUUGCGCUUCCACAUCCCCACUCAUCCCUCCAGGCGGGUCCCCAGAGCCAUCUGCCCUCGCAUUUCCCUUCGCCCUCUCAGCCCCCACACCUCCUCGAGUCCGCCUGCCUCCUCUCCUCGACUCCCUAUCCAACCGCCUUUCCUGUCGCCAACUGAAUCUUCCACGCUCCCUCACUCUUCCUGCUCUAGUGAGUCUGCUUCUCCCUUGCUCCCCGAACCACCCCCUCUCAUCACUCCAACCCAACUGCCCCACUCCUCCUCGAGUCCACCUGCCUCCUCUCCUCGACUCCCUAUCCAACCGCCUCUCCUGCCGUGCCGCCAGCUGAAUCUGCCACGCUCCCUCACGCUGCCUGCUCUGGUCCGCCUGCCGUCUCUCCUCGACUCCCUCUCCUGCCGCCAACUCAACCUCCCCCGCUCCCUCACGCUCCCUGCUCUGUCACUCGCCAAUCGACUGGCAGACGCCUUUCAAGGCGCAGCAUUGCUGCUGUGCCACAACCUGCUGCUCGCAUCUACCCUCUCCCCA